GAAGAAGGAAGUCAGGAAGGUUUGUUUUAUUGUUGAAAGCUCUAAGAAAUAAAGAGAGAGAGAGAGAGAGAGAGAGAGAGAGAGAAAGAGAGAAUGGAGGGUUGGUAUUGUGUGAAGGAGCAGAAACGAUGCGUGGGAUGGGUGGAAACGUACUUCAAGGAUUGUCUUUGCAAUCUAAGAGACGACACGUCGUUCGGUUUCGGCCUCGUAAGUUUAUUAUGUUGGGGACUUGCUGAGAUCCCUCAAAUCGUUACCAAUUUCCGUACCAAAUCCAGCCAUGGCGUUUCUCUCCUCUUCCUCCUCACUUGGGUCGCCGGUGAUGUGUUUAACCUUGUGGGGUGCCUUCUGGAACCUGCCACGCUUCCCACACAGCUCUACACAGCACUGCUUUACACGGUGAAUACGAUAGUUUUGGUAUUGCAAAGUGUUUACUAUGAUUACGUCACUAAAUGGUGCAUCGACCGCAAGAGCAAAUCUGAUCAAACGGUGGAAGAGGAGAAAACGCCGUUGAAAGGGAACAAAGGGGUUGGGUAUGCGGGAAUUCCAAUUCCGAAAGCUUCGCCGAAGCCAACUCCUCGCCGGGAAUUCUACUACACGUCAGCUCGAUCCUUGGCCGGAAGCGACACGCCGCCGUUUCGAGCGUUUCUACGCCUGCCGAAAAGUGGGCCCUCCGCUCUCGGUAAUGACAGCUCAUCUUCCGAUGAGGAAUCUGACACAGCCGCCGUCUUCUCCCAUUCCGCUGUCACCCAGCCUCGCCCCAUUCCUCGAUCGGUUGGUUAUGGAACAUUUUUAGCAGCAUCAGCAAACUUGCCAUUCCAAAGUAAGGGCUUCUCAGAUGGAUUUAGUGGAAGGAAACUUUUACAAGAACAUUCAAGUCAUAGUGGUUUUGGCCAAUUGUUGGGUUGGCUCAUGGCUGCCAUUUACAUGGGUGGUCGACUCCCUCAAAUUUGGUUAAAUAUCAAAAGAGGAAGUGUGGAGGGGCUGAAUCCUCUCAUGUUUGUGUUUGCCUUGAUUGCUAAUGCCACUUAUGUAGCAAGCAUUGUAGUGAGAAGUACAGAAUGGGAGAACAUCAAAGCGAACAUGCCAUGGCUGCUUGAUGCUGUUGUUUGUGUCCUCCUUGACUUAUUUAUAAUUCUUCAGUACAUAUAUUACAGAAGAUUUAGAAGGAAGAGACAAAGUGGAGGAAGAGAUCAGUUCAAAGAUUAUGAAGAAGCAACAAAACAUGCAAUAACCUUAUGACCUAUUUAAUUAAUUAAACAAACCCCUUUUUAUUAUUCUUCUUAAUUGCUUUUGCAUGCCUUCCAUUAAUUAGAGAUGUAAAGAAAAUGAGAUCCUUUUAGCCUUCUUACUAAGUGUGAUUCAAGUGGAGAUCAGAUCCAAGUGCUCAAACUUGUGCCAGCCAAUGCAAUGAGUUUUCAAAUGAGUGCGUAGUUGAAUAGUAUUCUUUUUGCUGUUCUCGAAGGAUUUAUUUUAGACUUGUUUAGUUUGGAGUUGAAAUACAAAUAAUUGCAGUAUGAAUUUGUCUUUUUGUGGGUAUCCAAGAUGGAGAAUACCAAUUACUAUUAUUAUUAUUA